CGUCACUCGCGGCCCGGGCCCGCCUCAGCCCCUGGCGGCCAUUUUGCGUGCGGGCAGCGCGGGGCGGGCGGUGGUGACGGGCGCGGCCAUUUUGGGUGUCCACCUGUCCCCGCUCAAGGCAAAGGCACCCAGAGAUGGGCAGUGUGUGAACAGUUUGCUGCCAUAUCAUCAAGCGUCUGGACCAGCUUACACUGACCUGUCAUGGCAUCCAACAAAUUUGUCAUUAAGUGUGGGAACUUUGCUGUCCUGGUGGAUGUUCAUAUUUUGCCUCAAGGCUCCAGUAAAGACACCAGCUGGUUUUCAGAUCAUGAGAAAGAGGAGGUCUGCAGGCUGCUGGAAGAAGUUGUUGCUUCCAGAGUCAAACUUUACUUGGAAGCACGAAGACAACGUGGUCAAUGGAAAUCCAUGGAACGCGGAUCAGCCAGUCCUUUGUUUCUUACAGCCAAGAGCCUGCACAUCACUGCCUACUUCAUGAAGAGAUGGGUUCAUCUCCGCUGCGCUUUAGGGAAACGUUAUCGUGAGCUGCGUGUGUUUCCGGAGAAAUUUGUAGUUUGUGUCAGUAAACUUGACUUUGAUCCAAGUGCUUGGACAGAUGAAAAUGGUGAAUUGAAAGAAGAAUUUUCCAGUGGGACAUCUGAAUAUUUUACUGAAUCUGCUGAGAACAAGAAGCUUAAGAUCAGUCUGAAUGAACAAAUAAAGCAAGACAUCCUGAAAAGAAUUGUGAAAAGGAAGAAAACAAGGAAGAGUAGUGCAAGCCAACCUCAAAUCAGCAAGGGCUCCAAGAAAGUGUAUCUUGGCUCGGGGGACUCACAGACAGAGAACAGAAAGAACGACUGUCAAACUUCUCUCAGUCCUCGCUCUGAUGUGAAACGUUGGACUCCAGGCCUGCUGAAGGACUGUACAAAUACAGCUGGGAGCAGCUUGGAGCUUCCUGUUUUAGAGCUGGAAAAUUAUGUUAAUCAGAGACAGGCAGAUGAUGUUAGCAGCCAGCAAAAACCUCACGCUCUGGAGUGGCUGGAGUCGAGUCUUCUAAGCGAGAACCCUCCUUGCGGCUCUGAGUCAGCUCUGCUGGGCCCAAAGCAAAGUCGAAGAGUGACCAAAACACAGGCUCAGCUGAAGAGCUGUGGGUCAGAGGAGAAGUCAGAGCAGUGCAAAAAAGUGUCCUCUGGAGGGACUCCUUUAAUUUCUGUCGAUACAGAAAUGAGUAAGUGCAAUGCUGAUUGUUUGGGUCCAUUCCUGGAGGAGGAGACCCCCCUUAAUUCCAGGUUUUUUAAGCAAGACAAGCAAUCAUUCACUUGGACAGAAGAACCCUCCCAGCCUCUUUCUGAGAGGAACAGUAGAGUGCAGACAAGCCAGAAUGAGCCAAGCACAGCCACUGAAGGAUUGCCUGCAGUGCCAACAUCGACUCUAGAGCUGCAAGCUGUGUCUUCAGAGAAGCUUCCCCAAAAAAGAAAAAAAGAACCUGAAAAUGGUCUCAGGAAGUUAAAACUUCGAAGGCUUAAGAAGUCAAAAUCUGAAGUAUUACCUCGAUGGCACGAGUGGUCACCCAAAUCUGUGUGUAAGCAAAAAGUAGGAAGCAAUUCCAAAUUAUGGAAAGAUCAUAAAAAUGCAAAAUUAGAGAACACAAUUUAAGAAAUUUUAGAGUUAGCUAAGUAUGUUUGUCAUUUGGAACCGUAAUGAGGAUAAUCCUUUGAAGUCUUUAUGAAUUAGACAUUAAUAUUGCAUGAACCAGUGUCAUAUUUAUAGAAAGAAAAAUCUCAAUAUUUACAAAGCAAAAUUUUAGAUCUGGGUAUGUUUCACUGCUGUUAAAAAGUCAUAUCAACUGAUGACAGCAAAGUAAAACCCCUUUCCUGGUCUGUUAGCAGCUGCAGUUAUUCAGUGUUUUGCUUGUUUCUGAACACAGUUUAUUUUACUAAAAAUUAAUCCUCUGUGCUAGAAAGUUCAUGGUUUAUUCACAUGAUCUUUCCAUCAAUAAGGCAAAUUGAGCUUAUUUCGUAUAAAUCUUUAACCAGGAAUAAUAGCUGAUAAUUUGAGGCCCACCUUUUGAGCGAGCUUUCGAAAUAACUGCAGUUUUCUGCUUGUGCAGUUUUGAUACGAACGUUUAUUUGUGGCCCACGUUGUGGGUACAACUGAUCAUGCAUUCAGUCUUUGGAAAAAUGAAGGUUGGGUUUAUAUUUAUAUAUUUACACCUGGAUGUGUAAACAUUGCUCUGGGGUGAAUGAAGCUCAGGCACAAACAUAUGGACAUGCAUUUAUUUUUCCAAAAUCAGGCCCUGCCUGUGUGCAAGGACAACGUGCGGGUUUUUAUGUGUCAGUGAUACCCCAGUUAGUUCUUACUUUAAGACAGAGGUACUUUUUCAUCCUGCUUUUCAAAUUUAUAUGCAAAUGAGCUAAGGGAACGUAACUUUAUUUCAUGUCUGUCUUUUUUAAAUGUGUCAAAUAAAUGUAUGAGCAAUUUUCUUU